AUGCAUAAACCCGAAAGGACCGGACCAAAGGAGGCCCCCAAAUGCUGCGAGGCCAUCCUCUCUGCCGAAGCGCACCAAGUGGACACCUGGACGAAUCUCCAGUCGGCAUUGCAGUCGCAACAGGCCUCAGCCAGCACCGCCUCAUCACUACUUCUUAUUGCAGAAUUCACUUUCUUCUUGAUGAUGUUGUACCUGCUCAACAGCCAAGAUGUAAAUGUCAAAAGGCUGGCAUGGUCCACUCUCCAGUCGGCGGUGGCCAUUUUCAUCAGCAUGCUCCUUUUCAUGUCAACCAAGUCGGCCUGGAUUUUGAUCGCCGGCGCGAGCUACGAGGGCGCUGCCGGGGUGGCGCUGACCUGGACCCGCUAUGUGGUGGUUUGGAUCGUAGGGCCUGUGGUGUUGCUUCGCAGAGGUGUGGACGACGAGUCCCGCGAGGCGUGGUGCUCUGUUGUCUCCUGGUUCACGGCCUUCUGCGCCGCUGAUGCUUUCGGCGAGCUGCUGAUGCUUGAUCCCUUCAAGUCCUCGGCGGGUGCCAACUUCGGCGGUGUGGUUCUCUGCACCUUCAUCAUUUGGCUGCAGUGCUUCGGGGCAUGCUGGGCCCGCCAUUUCGUGGUCUUGGCGGCCUCGGAGGAGGCAUCGGACGGCCCCUCGCCGCGGGAGCAAAAGCAAAAGUGGGCAGAUGCGUGGCAAGUGGCCGAGACGACAUACGCAGGCUAUGUCAUGGGCCUGGCUUUGUCGAUGUGGGUGCGAUACGUGAUCUCUGGGCUGCCCAGCAAGACGUAUGGCCGGGCCGCAGGGUAUUCCGGGUCGGAAACCGGAUGGCUGUUUCUUUGGACGAUGCUGUCUGUCUUCCUUGGCUUCAUCAUCAUCGGUGUGGUCCACCGCUUCGGGGCACCAGACAGGAGCUGGACUGCCCGGCGGUUCUCUCAGAUGACCACGUCGAUCAUGGCCAUGUUCUGUGCCUGGAUGGCGCUCUUUAGUUUGGAGUGGCAGUUCCUCUUCUACACAGCGCAGAGCGGCUUCGGUGGGCAGUCUGCGGAUAUCAACUCCGCCAUUCUCCUCGCCAUCUUCUCCUCAGUCUUCAUGUUCUUCGUCAUGCGCGUUAUCGAUUUUUUCGCCGACAAAUCAGGCAGCGCUGCGAUACGCUCCACAUCAAUCUUCUGCGAGCUACUGAUCGGACUGACUUGGCAGCGCGUCUUCUUCCUCGCCAUCCAGUUCUCCGGCCGCCAGUACCAGCAGUCCGAGCGCUACAUUGACGUGAUGUGGAUGUGGGGCACAGCCGCGAUCUCCGGCCCGGCCUGGUUCCACUUCAUCCUCCCUCGGUUCCUCCAGGCUCGCAAGGACGAGGAGGCGGCGGAGGGCUCAGCAACGGAGGCGGCCAGCGACGCCAAGGAGGCACCCGCCCCGGCCGCCUCCCCGGCGCCAGCCGCAGCGGCACCGGCACCGGCCUCGAAUGCCAAAGAGGCGGAGGACGAGGAGUUCUGA